GCCGAGUCCAGAGGGGACGCGCCACACCAGCACUCCGCAGACCCCGACCCCCAGGCUCCGCCUCCGCGCCAUGGCCGCGCCGGGACCCCGCGCCUUACGGGCUGCGCUCUGUGGCGGCUGCUGCUGCCUCCUCCUGUGUGCCCAGCUCGCUGUGGCUGGUAAAGGAGCUCGAGGCUUUGGGCGGGGAGCCCUGCUCCGCAUGAACGUCUGGCCAGCUGUCCGAGGGGCCUGCAAACAGCUGAAGCUCUGUGAGCAUUGUGUGGAGGGCAACAGAGCACACAACCUCUCUGGCUGCGUGUGGGAGCAGUGUCAGCCGGAGGAGCCAGGACACUGUGUGGCCCAAGCUGAGGUGGUCAAGGAAGGUUGCUCUGUCUACAACCGCUCAGAGUCAUGUCCAGCUGUGCAUCACCACCCCACUUAUGAACCGAAGACCAUCACAACAGAGAGCCCCUCGGUCCCUGAGGCCCGCGGCCCUGGCUUUGAUGGGGCCAGCUUCAUUGGUGGCGUCGUGCUGGUGCUGAGCCUGCAGACAGUGGCCUUCUUUGUCUUGCGCUUCCUCAAGGCCAAGGACAGCACCUACCAGACACUGGAGGAGAACCAGUAGGUGACAGCACAGGCAGCCUUCGGCCUGCAGCUCUGUGGCCACGGGCAGGAGCCUGGGCCAUGUGUGCGGUUUGGUUUUCCUCCGAGAAGGGAGCUGCUCUGAGGCCCCCAUGUGCUGUGGCCCCAUGUGUGCUGUGGGGCGGAUCGCUGCAGCCUCCAUUAAAGUGUUUGCUCUUUUGACCACCGCCUGCUCUCUGAGGGUGGGCGUCCUUGGCCUGGCUGAGGUGGGACCACUGCCCAGAGUGCCCUCUCUGUCUGGCCUCUGCAGAAUCUGACCCCCUUCAGGCCUGGAUUCCACACUCAGGGGAAAAAGGAUGAAGAGGCUGCCCUCUUGGCCCGCUUGUGGGCGCUAGGGGUGGGAGAAACUUUGGUCACCAAAUUCUGGCCCCUGUGGGCACCGAGCAGGCUCGGUGCCCAAUACCUGACACCCCCUCCUGUCUGGGCCUGGUACCUGCAGAUGAGAGCAUCCUUCAACCACCUACUGUCUCAUCCAUCAUCCCUGCGGGCCCCCUGCCUGGUACUAGGUCUGGAGCCUGCCUCCUCCCAUCAACCUGGCCUGGACACUGCCCCCAA